UCAGAUUCCUCCGCCCUGAUCUCGUCUUCUUCUCCAUCUAUUUAACACGAACCAGUAAAGUAAACAAGAAACCAUCCCCUCCAGGAGGGACGAAUCCCGCAUCACAUCAUUAAUGGCUUCUGUGCGGCUGAUCUUGUCGGAUUUAAUCCUUUCCUUCAUGGCUGUAUGGUCAGGAGCUCUCAUCAAGCUCUUUGUUUAUAAGAUUCUUGGGUUUGGUUUUGAAACCAAAGGAGAAAUCCUAAAGGCUUCUCUAUCAAUCUUGAGUAUGUUAUUCUUUGCUUGGUUGGGUAAAUUAAGCCGAGGUGGGUCUUACAAUCCUCUCAACGUAUUGUUGGGUGCUGUUUCUGCAGGGAAUUUCACUGAGUUUCUAUUUACUGUUGGUACAAGGAUUCCUGCUCAGGUACUCGGAUCUAUUACUGGGGUUAAGUAUUUCAUUGAGACAUUUCCUCAAACAGGUCAUGGUCCCCGCUUAAACGUUGACAUCCAUCGAGGUGCAACGACAGAAGGACUCCUAACUUUUACAAUUGUUAUCAUCUCACUUGGAGUUGCUAGAAAGAACCCCAACAGCUUUUUCAUUAAAACAUGGAUGUCGAGUGUCUUUAGAUUAACACUUCAUACACUGGGUUCCGAUCUGACGGGUGGAUGCAUGAACCCUUCCUCUGCCAUUGGAUGGGCUUAUGCCAGAGGAGAUCAUAUAACCAAAGAGCAUAUAUUUGUAUACUGGCUUGCACCAAUUCAGGCAACUCUCUUAGGAAUAUGGACGUUCAGGUUGCUUGUUCAACCACAGAAGCUCAAGGAGGAGAAGAUUAUAAGAAAGAGUAUCAAAUCAGACUGAAUGGUUGUCAAUCUUGCCUUGUAUCAUUUGCAGUACUCCUUUCUUC